ACUUCAGUUCUUCUUGGAAAAUCGAAUGUGAGACAUCAGCGUAUUUCGUGAAUUCGUUCAAGUGUAACAUUUGGUGGGCUAUUAAUUAAAACGUGGCUGUGAUUUGUUGAAGAAUUUUCAUUUACUGAUUGUCAUCAUACUAUUUGUAUAAGAUAAAUAUUGCAUGGUGAAGAUGCGGUGGAGUCUGGUAGCGUUGGUGUGUGUGGUGGCGGCGGUGUACGCCGAAGAGAAGAAAGAAAAGGACAAGGAGAUCGGGACCGUGAUCGGUAUCGACUUGGGUACCACAUAUUCCUGUGUUGGUGUUUACAAGAAUGGGCGAGUGGAAAUCAUUGCUAACGACCAGGGUAACCGGAUCACACCCUCAUAUGUAGCUUUCACUCAAGAUGGCGAGCGUCUCAUUGGUGACGCCGCCAAGAAUCAACUGACCACCAACCCUGAGAACACAGUGUUUGAUGCCAAGCGUCUGAUUGGUCGGGAAUGGAGUGACACCACAGUUCAGCAUGAUGUUAAAUUCUUCCCCUUCAAAGUUGUAGAAAAGAACAGCAAACCCCAUGUCUCAGUUCUGACCUCACAGGGUGACAAAAUCUUUGCCCCUGAAGAAAUCUCAGCUAUGGUUCUAACCAAGAUGAAGGAGACUGCUGAAGCUUAUCUCGGAAAGAAGGUCACUCAUGCUGUUGUUACUGUACCAGCUUACUUUAACGAUGCCCAGCGUCAGGCUACAAAGGAUGCUGGUGUCAUUGCCGGUCUGAAUGUCAUGAGGAUUAUCAAUGAGCCUACUGCUGCAGCUAUUGCCUAUGGUCUGGACAAGAAGGAGGGUGAAAAGAAUGUUCUUGUAUUUGACUUGGGUGGUGGUACUUUUGAUGUCUCCCUUCUCACUAUUGACAAUGGUGUAUUUGAAGUAGUGGCCACCAAUGGUGACACCCACUUGGGUGGUGAAGAUUUCGAUCAGAGGGUCAUGGAACACUUCAUCAAGUUGUACAAAAAGAAGAAGGGCAAGGACAUCAGAAAAGACAACCGCGCCGUCCAGAAGUUGCGUCGUGAAGUUGAGAAGGCUAAGAGAGCACUGUCCUCCAGUCACCAAGUCAAGAUUGAGAUUGAAUCCUUCUUUGAAGGUGAUGACUUCUCUGAAACUCUCACCAGAGCCAAGUUUGAAGAGUUGAAUAUGGAUCUAUUCAGAUCAACCCUUAAACCUGUACAGAAAGUGUUGGAAGAUGCCGACAUGAACAAGAAGGAUGUUGAUGAAAUUGUAUUGGUUGGUGGCUCAACUCGUAUUCCCAAGGUUCAACAGUUGGUCAAGGAAUUCUUCAAUGGCAAGGAACCAUCCCGAGGUAUUAACCCUGAUGAGGCUGUAGCCUAUGGUGCAGCAGUGCAAGCUGGUGUGCUCAGUGGUGAACAGGACACUGAUGCCAUUGUGCUUCUUGAUGUUAACCCCCUAACCAUGGGUAUUGAAACUGUCGGAGGUGUAAUGACCAAGCUGAUCCCACGUAAUACUGUAAUCCCCACAAAGAAGUCACAGAUCUUCUCAACAGCCAGCGACAACCAACACACUGUCACAAUUCAAGUAUAUGAAGGUGAACGACCUAUGACCAAGGACAACCACUUGUUGGGUAAAUUCGAUCUUACAGGCAUUCCACCUGCACCAAGAGGCAUUCCACAAAUUGAAGUAACAUUCGAAAUUGAUGCCAACGGUAUCUUGCAAGUAUCAGCUGAAGACAAAGGAACUGGCAACCGCGAGAAGAUUGUUAUCACAAAUGACCAGAAUAGACUAACACCAGAAGACAUUGAGAGAAUGAUAAAGGAUGCUGAGAAAUUCGCUGACGAUGACAAGAAACUAAAGGAACGUGUAGAGUCCCGAAAUGAAUUGGAGAGCUAUGCAUACUCAAUCAAGAAUCAGCUCCAAGAUAAAGAAAAACUUGGUGCUAAGGUGAGUGAUGAUGAAAAGACCAAAAUGGAGGAAGCCAUUGAUGCUGCUAUCAAAUGGCUAGAAGAUAACCAAGAUGCAGACUCUGAAGACUACAAAAAACAGAAGAAGAGUCUGGAGGAUGUUGUUCAGCCCAUCAUCGCCAAGUUAUAUCAGGGUCAAGGUGGAGUGCCACCGCCGGGCGCGGGAGGUGACGAAGAAGACUUCAAAGACGAGUUGUAACCAAACAGACUGUAAAUUGUGUGAUCAUAGCCAAAUGUGAUCUCUUUAGGUCACCACAGAUUAUGUAUAGAGUGAAUAUCUUGCGUUAUACAUAGCCUGUAUGAACCAUGAAUGGAGGUGUUUAGCUCGAGUUGUGUAUAUUUAUUGUGUGAAUGUAGGUGAAUGAGGGUGUGCGGCGAGCGUUCCGCAGAGUCGAGAUCUGAUCCGAGUUUCUGUCGCCGCGCACAUAGUGUGCUAGAGCUGCGUGCCUGUGUGUGUUUAUUGUGUAAAAUAAUGCAUUUUUAUUUUAAAUAUUGAAGCAAUAGUUCCAUUGUGUGGAUCACAAAUGCCUGUAUCCAUGACUGUCUGAAUAUCGAUUCUAUCGUCUUCCGCGAUUUGUUUUUAUGUCAUCUCGAUGAAUCGAUCGAUCUCUAUGCUCUGUAGAGACUUAC